AGCGCGGCGCUGGUGAGAGGGGAGGAGGAGGAGGAGGAGAGGCGACGGGCCUGCGUGCGUGGGUGCGUGCGUGCGUGCGCGCGCGGCCGGAGGGUGACAGGCGCGGGGCGUGUUGCAGGCUGCGGGGUGUCCACGGCGAAGCUGGCGCCCACGCUUGGGGCCCAGCGGCGCAUCGUCGGCGGCGACGAAGCGGGCUUCGGCUCCUUCCCCUGGCAGAUCCGCGUCACCCUGGGCGACUACGUGCUCAACAGCGACGCCGAGCCGCUGCCCGCCUACACCUUCGGGGUGCGCGACGUGCGCGUGCACCCGCUCUUCAGCUCAAUAUGUGGUUCUAGGUCGCGUCUCCGGCCGAAGACGCUGCAGGCUGUGGACGUUCCCGUCAUCGACUCGCGCCAGUGUGAGCGUUGGCACAAGGCCAACGGCAUCAACGUGGUGAUCUACGAAGAGAUGCUGUGUGCGGGAUACCGCGGCGGCGGCAAGGACUCCUGCCAGGGAGACAGUGGUGGGCCUUUAAUGACAGAAAAAGCAGGUCGCUGGUACCUGAUAGGAAUUGUCUCAGCAGGCUACUCUUGUGCCCAACGUGGACAGCCAGGAAUCUACCAUAGAGUUGCUCACACUGUUGACUGGAUCUCGUAUAUAAUCAACAGCUAGUGUCUUCUUUAAAUAUCCUUGGCUGAUAUCUCACAAUAUUUCAAGUGAGGAGUUCAUUAUAUCAAUUACAAUGUCAACACAACUAAGGAGUUUCGUGUAUUAGCACUACCUGAUUCUCCACUUUACCAUUGUCAAGGGCUGCAAGAGCUGACACUUGAUUUUUAUUAACCAUGAGAUCUAUUGAUGUAGAUUAUUUGGAAAUGAUCAAGACAGCAGGCCCUGCUAGUCACAGAUAGGCUGAUGAGAAAGGUAAUUAUUACUGGCACCUUACCUCAUAAAGACAUGAGAAUGAAACCAAGAAAAUAUUCACAUCCCCACAAAUAUAAUUAAUAUUCAAUGUAUUUAUCUACAUUGAACUUCAAAUAAUUAAAAUAAUAUUUUUUUUAUUCCCAGUCAAAAUUAACAGUACCUAAGCAUUUGCAUCACUCAGACAUGUAUUGAGUGUUGAACAAAAUGCCAUUAUAUUGUGUUUACUGUAUCAACUGAGAACAUUACUUGAGAUCACUGUGAUAAAAAGUAAUUUCAGUUUGUUCAAUCAAAAUACAGAGGGAAAAUAUUUAUACUUUUUGAAAGUAGUAUUAAGAAAUUGAAAGUUAUAUUUGUAAGUGUGAAUGAAUAGAGAACCUGUGUUAGUGAGCAAUAGCUUUUUCCAGAACAAAAUAUGGAUAUUAAAGCUACUCAAUCAACCAGUACUUGAAGAGAAAUACAAUUUACCUACAUGACAUGAUUCCAAUCACUGGGCCUUAUAUGAAUAUGAAUAUGUAAUAUUGGUAUAAAAGUAUUUCAUAUACAGAUAGAUUGAUGCUAUCUAAUAUAAAUAUGAUGGAAUGACAUGAUUCACAAAAAUGUUUGUUUUGUGUAAAAGGAAAAUCAAAGUGUACUUAAGAUUCUUGUGCGGUACUUUGGAAACUGAACACUAAGGUGAAUUUUCAGUGAAUUGUUGUUGUUACAGAAUGUGAUGAACUGAAUUCUAGUUUUUACUAAGCCUUCGUUGCCAAGUCAAUAUGUUAAUAUAAUGUAUAUUGAUUGUGUCUAUAGAUAUGUAUAUAAACUAUAAUUAUGUAUACUGAACAUGCAACCUUGUAACAGAUGAAGCAAGUCCAACAAUAUGCCUAUUAUUAAAAGAUAUCUUCAGUAUCACAGGAUACAUAUUUGUUUCUAUAUAUAUAUAUAUUUUUUUUCCCCACAUACAUUCAUUGAGAUGUCAAUUAUGCAUCAGAAAAUACACUAAAUUCAGCAUGAAAAAAAAAGUUGCUAGAGGAAACAUCAGUAUCAAAUUGAUGAAUAUUUGUGAUCCAGCUGUUUCAAGGAACAGUAAUAUGUUAAAACAAUAUAAAACCCCUUCCUAGAACUAUGAAUGUUGUUCUUCCAUAUAAUGGUCGGGCAGUAAGCAAUAAUAUGAAAAUCAAAGUGAGGAUUUUGAUGUUACUCACAAUAAUUACCAUUAUUAUAUUUUUGAAGAUAACAUCAACCUUCCCUCAGGAUUUCAUAUAAUUUUACAAACAUUACAUUUUUUUUUACCAUUUACCAUUACCAUAAACACUUUCAGAAUAAAAAUAAAUUAUUUAUGACAGGAGAGUGUUUUCUAGGAAAUCUCAUUUCCCUUCUAUUUGUAAUAAAGUACAGAAUAAAAGGAAAAAACGAAAAAUAUACAACUGUUAUGUACAUUAGUUUUUCUCUAAAAUUAUUCGAUUCAAUGUAAAUUGUCUCGUAAAAAAGUUUCUAGAUGAAAUAUCUUAUCAGUGCAUAUCUAGAUAUGAAUGAUUAUCCACUCUAUGAAAGUUGUAUUUUAGUUGUAUUAUAUUAGUUACUAAAUUAAAAUAAAUUUAAUAUUGCAAAUUAAUAAUAGAUGCAAACCAAAGAUAUGUGCUACAUGCAUUCUAUGAACUAUUUAAAUUAAUAUACUGUUUGUAAGAUAACUUGGACAUGACAAGUAUUUUAUGCAUAAAGACAACCAAAAGACAAGGAACAGACUUUUUGAGUAAUUUUUUUUGGAUUUGCAAAACUACAUAAUUGUUUUUACGAGACACAUUUUAUACUUACUAUAUUUAAUACUUUUUUCAGUGACCUUUAAAGCAAAUACUAAUCAUUGUUAACAAUUUAGAGACAAUUUUCCUGUUUUAUAACUGCCAAUGACAUUUACAAAAGUAUCAAAAAAAGAAACAUUGUAUAAGAUUUCUUCAAGAUAAUAUCUAUGUAAAUUAGCAUAUAACUUAAAGCUUCUCCAAAAAUAUGUCAUCAUCAUACAUUGUACAUAGUAAUAAGACAUAAUAACAAUGGAUGUGUUGAAGGUAUCAUCAAUUUUGGAUUGUUUCCUUAUAUACUUCAUUGUUUCUGUAAAUGAUACAUUUCUAUAAAAUUAUUCCACAAUAAAAAGAAAGAUGUACAUGAUAUAUUUGUAGAUAUUUACCUUACCCAC